UAUGGCCCGUCAUUCUUCACGAUCCAUGUCCAUGACAGCCUCAAGACGUGGAGUGUCAUGAGCAACUUGCACAAGAUCAAUGUCCUGAUGCUCGUGACGAAUGGCGGCUACGACGAGACCCAAGACGUGGCUGUCACGCCUCUCUUCGAGCUCAUAACGAGAGUGAGAUGGUACGCGCUCCCGAAGAGCGCACAUAUGGCGCAUUGGGAGGAAAGGGUGAGGUAUAUGCAGGUUGUGGGCGGCUUCUUGAAGGGCGACGUCGUGGACCGGCCCAAGUUGAGCGUCAGACUCUGA